AUGGCUCCACCAAAAUUCGCCGACCUCAACAAGCAAGCCUCAGAUAUCUUCAACAAAGGCUACUUUUUCAAUGUAUUCAAAUUGGAUAUCAAGACUCGUACAGAGAAUAAAGUGAAUUUCAAUAUAAUCGGUGAACAUAAUACUGAAACAACACGAACUGUCGGCAGUUUAGAAACGAAAUAUGUCGUUCCUCAAUAUGGAUUAACAUUUUUGGAAAAAUGGAAUACCGAUAAUUUACUUAAAGUAGAGGUCACAGCUGACGAUCAAUUAGCCCAAGGUUUCAAGCUGGUUUUUGAUGGAAGCCUUAGUCCUCAAACAGGAAAGAAGACUGCCGAUCUUCGUACAUCUUUUGUUCAUGAUAAAGCUCAUGUUGAAACAAAUAUUGGCUUCGAUGCUGCUGGUCCAAUCCUCAAUGGAGCUGUUGUCUUAGGUCAUCAAGGUUGGUUGGCUGGUUAUCAAUACGUUUAUAGCACAACCAAAGCAGCGUUAACAAAGAAUAAUUUUGCUGUUGGAUUCAAAGGCAGAGAUUUUACUUUAUUCGCCAAUUUAAACGACGGAAAUGAAGUUGGUGGUAGUGUUUAUCAACGUCUUAACAGUCGACUUGAAACUGGUGUUCAAUUAGCUUGGGCAGCAGGCACAAAUCAAACUCGCUUUGCUCUCGCUUCCAAAUAUCAAAUUGAUCCUCAGACUGCCGUUGGUCUUAAAGUUAAUAAUAUCUGUCAAGUUGGUGUUUCAUUUCAACAGCUCCUUCGUCCAGGUGCUAAACUAACUCUGUCAGGAUUAUUCGAAGUUCGAAAUUUGAAUGCUGGUGGACAUAAAGUUGGUCUGGGACUCGAACUAGAAAGUUAA